GAUUACGUAAUUUUAGCGCGACAGAAUGCACUGUGGAUGGCGCCAUCCUUACAACGUGCGCGCUGUGUUUAGAGCCGAACGCGAGCUGUUUUUUGAUCUCACCCGGCAUUGACAUAUUUGCGGAAGCUUUACCUAAUGGACAUCCAGAGCGCGAGCUCAGUGGUGCUGCAGGCUUUGACCCAGGCCACCAGUCAGGACACAGCUGUGCUGAAGCCUGCAGAGGAGCAGCUUCGCCAGUGGGAGACCCAGCCGGGUUUCUACUCAGUGCUGCUGAGUAUCUUCAAUAAUCACAUGCUGGACGUCAAUGUGAGAUGGCUAGCUGUCCUUUAUUUCAAGAACGGUAUUGAUCGUUACUGGAGAAGAGUUGCACCCCAUGCUCUCUCAGAAGAAGAGAAGUCAUCUCUCCGUGCAGGGCUCAUCACUAAUUUUAACGAACCGGUCAACCAGAUCGCCACACAGAUAGCAGUGCUGAUUGCUAAAGUGGCGCGCCUGGACUGUCCUCGGCAGUGGCCCGAGCUGAUCCCUAUACUGCUGGAGUCUGUGAAAGUUCAGGACAGCCUUCAGCAGCACAGAGCCCUGCUCACCUUCUACCACGUCACCAAGACUCUGGCCUCCAAACGCCUCGCCACUGAUAGGAGACUCUUCCAGGAUCUGGCAUCAAGCAUCUAUAGUUUCGCCUGCUCUCUGUGGAAUCAUCACACGGACACAUUCCUACAGCAGAUCUGCACAGGAGACCAACAGGCUGCUCUUAGCUCCCUGGAGCGUACUCUGCUCUCUCUGAAAGUUCUUCGGAAGCUUACUGUGCAUGGAUUCGUUGAGCCACAUAACAACAUGGAAGUCAUGGGCUUCCUCAAUGCAGUCUUUGAGCGUUUGAAGCAGUUUUUAGAAUGCUGCCGGCAAUUUGGACCAGGCAGUCUUUGCAGGGAGAAGCUUGAGAAGACCAUCAUUUUGUUCACCAAAGUUCUGCUGGACUUCCUGGAAUAUCACCCAUGGCCUUUCAUCCCUCUUAUUCAAUGUUCACUGGAGUUCGCGGUCAGCUACGUGUUCACAGAGGCUGGCGAGGGAGUUGUUUUUGAGCGUUUUAUUGUACAGUGCAUGAACCUCAUCAAGAUGAUUGUCAAAAAUGAGGCCUACAAACCUGCCAAGAACAUUGAAGACAGUAAGCCAGAGAACCUGGAGGCACACAAAAUUAAGACCGCAUUCUUUACACACCAAACGCUGACGGAGAUUGGCAGGAGACUGGUAUCCAAAUACUUUCUGCUGACGGAAGAAGAGCUAACCAUGUGGGAAGAAGACCCAGAGAGUUUUGCUGUGGAAGAGACAGGCGGUGACUCCUGGAAGUAUAGUUUGCGGCCGUGCACAGAAGUGCUUUUCUUGGACAUUUUCCACAACUACAGUCAAACUUUGACACCGGUACUUCUAGAGAUGGUGCAGAAUCUUCAAGGCCCCAGUAAUGUGGAGGACCCAGUGCAGAUGCUCAUGAAGGAUGCAGUUUACAACGCCGUGGGUUUAGCUGCUUAUGAAUUGUUUGACAAUGUGGACUUUGAUCAGUGGUUCAAGAACCAACUCCUUGGGGAGCUGCAAAUCAGCCAUAACAGGUACAAGUUGAUCAGAAGGCGGGUGAUCUGGCUGAUUGGACAGUGGAUCUCAGUGAAGUUCAAGCCGGAACUGCGACCCCUGCUCUAUGAGGUCAUCCUUAGUCUCAUGCAGGACCCUGACCUUGUGGUUCGCAUCGAAACAGCCACAACUCUAAAGCUGGCCGUUGAUGACUUCGAGUUCAGAACUGAGCAGUUCUUACCGUACUUGGAGUCUAUUUUCGGCCUGUUGUUCCAGCUGCUGCAACAGGUCAAUGAAUGCGACACCAAAAUGCAAGUUCUCCACGUUAUUUCCUGCGUCAUCGAGAGAGUCAGCAUCCAGAUUCGACCGUACGUGGGCUGCUUGGUUCAGUACCUUCCUGUUCUGUGGAAGCAGUCUGAAGAACACAACAUGCUCCGCUGUGCCAUUCUCACUACCCUCAUCCAUCUCAUACAGGGCCUGGGAGCGGAAAGCAAGAAUCUGUAUCCCUUCCUCCUUCCUGUUAUCCAGCUCAGCACAGAUGUUUCACAGCCCCCUCAUGUUUACCUGCUGGAAGACGGUCUGGAACUAUGGUUGGUGACUUUAGAGAACAGCCCGGCCAUCACCCCUGAGCUCCUGAGGAUCUUCCAAAAUAUGUCUGCCCUACUUGAACUGAGCUCGGAGAACGUGCGCACAUGCUUUCAGAUCAUCAAUGCCUACAUUUAUCUCUCGGCUACAGAUUUCUUACAGAACUAUGCUGAAGCCCUUUGCAGAUCUUUCUGUGAACUGCUGAAAGACAUCACUACAGAAGGCCAAGUCCAGGUUCUGAAGGUUGUUGAAAUUGCCAUAAAAGUAAGUCCUGUAUUGGGCUCCCAUAUGUUUCAGCCUCUUCUGCCAGAUGUGUUACGGGGGAUAGUUGAAGGCGAAAGGUAUCCUGUGGUUAUGUCGACAUACUUGGGCGUGACGGGUCGGAUUCUCCUGCAGAAUUCAGGCUUUUUCACAUCACUUCUCACUCAAAUGGCUGUGGAAUAUAACCAGGAGGCAGACCAGCUCUUGGGGAGUAUGAUUGAGAUGUGGGUGGACCGCAUGGACAACAUCACCCAGCCUGAGAGGAGAAAGCUCUCUGCACUGGCUCUCAUGUCGCUUUUACCAUCUGACAACAGCGUGAUCCAGGACAAGUUCUGUGGGAUCAUUAACAUCAGCGUUGAGGCGCUGCACGAUGUUAUGACUGAAGACCCUGAGACGGCUUCCUUCAAGGACUGCAUGCUGAUGAGCCACUUUGAAGAGCCAAAGCUGACCGAUGACGAGGAACCCCCAACAGAACAGGACAAAAGGAAGAAGCUGCUGGCUCUUGAGGACCCUGUGCACUGCGUCUCUCUUCAGCAGUUUGUCUAUGAGAAGCUGAAGGCUCAGCAGGUGUUGAUGGGGGACCAGGGCUUUCAGGCUCUCAUGGAGACGGUGGACACUGAGAUCGUGCGACAGCUGCAAGAGUUCAUCCACGGCAUGUGAGGAAGAGGCGACAGCAGACUGUUAAAGACUGUUAAUGCAUUUUAAUGAUAACCCAGAGAAAAGAGCUUCCAUAUUUUUUGAACACACACUUUCGUUUGCUUCCUCAAACACACCUUUCAAAGUUUGAGACUGGGCAGAGGGGAAAAAAACUUAGACUGAAAAAAAGAGACGUAAGAAGGAAAGUUGUGCUGCCAAGUUUUUGUAAUGGGAAAAGUUUUGAAAGCACCAAUUGAAGGGCCCAAGCAGUGUUUACACUGAGUCUUCAUUUAAAAAGUUGUAAUUUUUGUAUUUAUGUAAAAUACACUGCAUGACAACAAUACAUUUUUUUCCUCUGGUGGCUUUACCAAUCACGUUUUCUCCAAGUUCAGUAUAUCAGGAACUACUAAAAAGUCAUUAACAUUUUUGAUUGAAAGUAUUUUCAUAUCAGAUGCGCAUAAUGAAAAAUGGAUGGAUGUAAAUGUUUACCUUCCCAUAACUUUUGCUGCUAAUGCUCCAACACUGUACCUCUCACAUGAGGUUCACAGGAGAUCAUAAGAACCAAAUACAUCAAUUUAAUGAAACAAAUGUCUAUUUUAAUCACAAGUACAUCGCAAAUGUAUGAGUGAAUAUUCUUACUAACGUAGCAAGCUUUUUUCUUUUUUUUUAUGUACACGCUAUUAUUAGUGCGUAUACCUUUAUAGAAAUAUUUUUAGUUGAAAAUGGGAUGUUAAAAAGCACAGUCAUACAGUAGAACGAAUGUCACUGUGAAAUUAAUUUUGAGUCUGAAUAAAAGCCUUAUGCUUUAAGCCUUAUUUAUCCACCAUUAACACACCUGAUGUUGAAUCUUACAUCUGUAAUAACAUGCAUAUGUUACAUUACAGCACAUUACGCUCAGUAGUUUUAUUUUCAAGUAUGAUCCCUAUUUUUUCAUUGAUGCAGCUUCAAUAAAGUUCAGUAUAGUCUGAAAAUCA